CGGAGCCAGAUUUCUCUCACACCACGGCGCUGGAUUUCUCUGACACCACGGCGCCAGAUUUCUCUCACACCCCGGCGCCAGAUUUCUCUCACACCACGGCGCCGGAUUUCCCUGACAUCAUGGAGUCGAUUGAAACCCCUAGCCCAAGAGCCUCGCCGUAUCCUGAAAAUAUCGACGACGAGACGGACAAUCUUUCCGACAUCACCGAAGUGUACUUUUCCGACUUAGAAGACCAGUCAGAGGGCUCCUCCCCCCCUACCUCUGAUUUCGACCCUACAGAGAUGAGCCCUCCCGUUGCCAUGCCAGGCCAGGCUCGGGGUGCUUCACAGAUGUCUGACAUGAGUGAGACCCCGAGCUGCGACAGCACAUGCUCACACGUCCCACACUUCCCCAUCCCGUAUGAGAUCCUCCGAGACCCAAGCCCGGAAUCGGUUUCGGAUUCGGACGAAGAGGAGGAUACUAUCUAUGGAGAAGAUGCUAUCCAGGGUGAGGAUACUAUCUAUGAGGACAUUAUCCAGGAGCAGGAGCAUCCUAUUCACGAGAAGGACACCAUCCCUGAGAAGGACCCUGCCCAGGAGCAGGCCCCUGUCCACAAGGCUCAGAAGCCAGCCCAGCAGAAGCCCCAGUACAGGGCCCGGGCCCUCGAAUGGGGCAAGCGGCGCUUCAUCCAUAUCACCCCUGACGUCGACUCCGGGGCGCCGCCACCGAAGCGGCGGGUGACCUACUUCCGGCGGGGAGGCCUGACGGUCAAGCGCAUCGACAGGUUCCGCAUCAACCCGUGGGAGGGCAUCCUGCAGUCCUACAGCAUCAAGGACGUCAUCGGGGACCCUCCUCCCACCACCUCGGCGGCCGAGCCCCGUGGCAACGAGCGCGCCGUCACCUGCUUCCAGACGCACCGCGGUCGGACGUUUUUCAGGAUCGCGUGGGGCCCUAGAGCGGAGAAGCAGUCGGGGCCGGCAGACGCGGAGGUGGGGGCUCAGGGGCGUGAGGAUGGCGAGGGCAUCGCCCCUGAGAAGGAGAUGCCGUACCAGGGGAUGGAGAUGUCGAACCAGGGGAUGGAGAUGCCGAACCAGGAGAAGGAGAUGCCGAGCCAGGAGAAGGAGAUGCCGAAUCGGGAGAUGGAGAUGCCGAACCAGGGGAUGGAGCCUGUUGUCAAUCCAGAGCUCAUGGGGGAGGAUGUUGAUGCCGGCCCAUAUUUCAGCUACGACGAUAUCGAGAUUGAGGAGCAUGUUUACGGGCUUGAGGGAGAGCCUGUAGGCGAGCUUGCUGGCGUGCCUAUCGACGAUCUCACCGACGACGACGCGCCUGCUGAGGAGCUUUACGAAGAUUUCCAUGCCGCUCUCUAUGGCGCACCCGGCGGCGGGUUUGACUACAAUUGGAUCUGGCGGCAGUACUGAGGAUGGCACCGACAUCCUUGGCAAUGAUGGAGAGUCCGUGAGGAGUCUGAUGACGUGCUGAGAGCGGCGAGGUUCGUGAAUUCAGGGGUGGGGGGCAGAAUGAAUGGUGAGGACCUCUUUGAGGUUGUACGGCGUAGGAGACUCGGUUUCUUUUUCAUUUCCCUUGUUGUUUCCUCUAUUUUGAAGAAUAACGCUCUUGGCGAGAUACCCAGAGGUUUGGACGUGGCUUUCACAUCGGAUCAGGUUGCGGUGUAUUUAACAGAAUGGAG